CGAAAAUCUAUAGUGACGUCAGCGUCACACGCCCAGCCUCCGUCAGAUCCAGCGCUAAAGGUGUGGAUUUGCAUUGCUGACGAUGGGAGCAAUCAUUUCACGGUGGAAGUCAAAAGCUUCCACUGUGGAAGUUCUCGAGUCACUUGAUAAGGAUAUAAAAAAUCUUGAGGAGUUUCGCACAAAGAACCAGCGUUUGCUGAAGCUGUGGGUGGGUCGACUUCUCUUCUACUCAUCUGCUCUGUACCUGAUCACCUGCUUGUUUGUCUAUUACCUCUACUUUCCUGAACAAUGGGGUGCCCGAAUCAUCACUGCCCUCCCUUUAAUCUUCUUUCCAGUACUUGUGUGGUUGUUAAGAAAGCUGUUGAUCUUCCUUUUCUCUAAACGGACAGAAAGAAACAAUGAAAAAUUAGAGGACUUAAAAACACAGAAACGCAAAAUACUUGAGGACGUAAUGGAAACGGAGACCUACAAAAACGCUAAACUCAUUUUAGAAAGAUUUGACCCUGAGUCUAAGAAGAAAACAGAAGCAGAAGCCACUCCAGUCAGACCCCUUAUGACCCCUAGACCAGGACAAGAUUUACGACAGCGCCAUGUUGCCAUGGUUACUCCAGGACCGGUGCCGAUGACUCCAGGAGGCACGCCCCUCCGUACCGCCCCAGGUGGGCCUCCAGAGAAUGGAGGAGCUGCAUCUAUGACCACUCCUGCAGGAGCCAGCCUUGCUGAUACACCACAACAAAUGAUGAGACGGAGUCCAUAUUCACCAGGACCUGGACCAGGUAUGCGCCCCCCUGGUCCACCUCUUUGUAGGCCCAUCCUCCCUCGAGAGCGCAGCUCUGUGGACAGAAUCAUUGAGUAUUUGGUAGGCGAUGGACCUCAGAACAGAUAUGCAUUAGUCUGCCAGCAGUGUUUUUCCCACAACGGCAUGGCUUUGAAAGAGGAAUAUGAAUAUAUAGCAUUCCGAUGCGCUUAUUGUUACUUCUUAAACCCGGCGAGAAAGACCCGACCCCAGGCACCCAGACUCCCUGAGUUCAGUUUCGAGCGCAAACUUCGCUCCGAAUCUCCUGAAACACAGUCUUCAGCGGCCACAGAAACCCCAGAGGACAGCGACGCUCCUGAAGUGGCGGCCCGCUCCACUCGUGUUUCACACACUGGCACCCCCUGGAGCAAAGUUCAUAAUUUCAGCAGAACUCAUUCAGAUGACACAGAAAAAACUACAUCAACUGAACCGCAAGACACUACCACUGAACACGCACCUGCCACACAUGAGCCAGACACUGAGGUGUCAGACCCCCAAUGUAGCUCCGCCCCCUCCGAGGAUGCUCAGGCAGAACAUGAUGAUGCUGCUGUUAAUGGGGAACAGCAGAAAGAGGAGUCAGUAAAUUCUGAAUGAAUGAAAUUUAAGCAUAAUUAACAUUUAUUCAGUUGUUGCUUUUUUCAAAAAAGCAUGUUUGUUUAUGUCUGUAUAAUUCUGUUGGCUGGUAAGAAUUUUUACUGCUAAUUUAUUUAUGUAAACUAUAGAUGCACAACAGGCUCUUCUUUGCAGUGGGAUAAAUGUUGUCUCCCAUUACAUUAUGGAAUGCUAAUAAUCUGGUGUGACCUUAAUGUCAGCAUCACCCAGUAAGAUCAUUGCAUGAACAAACUGCAGUUGCUAUAAAUCAACAUAUUAAGAUUUAGUUUUAUUUUACAGUGUUAACAUUCAAUAGUACAUAGAAGAAAGUAAUUUGACAGUGUUUAGUUCUCUUUACUGUUUGUUUACAGAAUCACUCAAUGACAGUGCAGUCUGAACAAAAAUACUCUAUGCCAAAAGUGUUGUGCUAUUUUGAUUCUUAAAUAUUUAUUAGUUUUAUUUUGAAUAUGUUUGCUUUGUUUUUUUUGCCAACAGUUUAUUUACAUUAUUCAAUGUUCUUGUGCCUUUCUGGUUAGGACUAUGCCUGGGACUUGUUGUGUUUCUUUUUACAAGAGUACAAACAUGAAAAAUCUGAUGUUUGUUAUGCAUUGGUUGUGUUUUUGCAUUUGUGGAAGUUUACACUGUACAAGCAAUUACCAUGGUAUUUAUUAAGUCAGAAUAUUGUUUUGGAGUUAGUAUGGUUUUUUUGUAUUCUCCAUACAUUAUUUCAUUUUCAUGUUUUCUUGUUAAUAGAUUGUCCCAGCUUAAUGGCAUCACAGGUUUUAUGUGCUUGGUUGCUAUUACAGAAGUUGUCUGUGCACAUGUCUUGCAUUUACAGACUUUUGUGUGUGCAUGAAAAUUCCAACAAAUAAUUACUUUUCAAAAGCAUAGUACUUUAAACAUUGUGAUGCAAAAAGCAAACUUCGCUAUCAAAUGAUUGUUUAAGAUUAAAAAUUGUGCAGACCUGAAA